CAUGCAAAUCGGGAAACCUUGUCACGGAAGGUUUUCACUUCUAUCAUUAUUUUCUCAAAUACAGGAUAUUUUAACAUUGUUCGUACAAUUCGAUCUCUUGUGUUGGUGUGUUAUGGUUGAGGAGUACGUUUAAUAAAUGCUAUCCUGUAUAGAGGGUCGAUUUCGAUUUGAGAAAUACCUCACCUAAAAAUAGAUCGGUAGCCGAUAUUCUUGUGGGAAAAUCUAGUAAGCAUCCCAUUCAUGAAGUACAUUCAUUUGGUGCUGAGCAGUGAAGGUGCAUAGGUCGGGGAAGAUACAUUGCCAGUGAAUGAACUUAGGAGAGAAUUUGUGAAAGAUAUUAAGAAACUCGUUCCAUUUGUUCGGAUUUUCAUCGACGCGCAUAUACAGAGCAUCUAAAAAUGGCGUCUGAGGGAGGACUAGCGCCUAGCAGCGAUGACAUGCCAGUUGGUGGGCCAAAAACACCACAGCAAAUUGCUGCACAGCGUCGCCUACAGCAGACGCAGGCUCAAGUGGAUGAAGUGGUUGACAUAAUGAAAACAAACGUGGAGAAGGUAUUGGAAAGAGAUCAAAAGCUUUCGGAACUCGACGAUCGAGCAGAUGCGCUGCAACAAGGUGCGUCACAGUUUGAACAGCAGGCUGGAAAACUUAAGAGCAAAUUCUGGUUGCAGAACUUAAAGAUGAUGAUAAUUGCUGCUGUUAUCGGAAUUAUCAUUCUUGCUCUUAUCAUUGGUCUGUAAACAGCUAAAUGAAGGAAGGAGGCCGAGGUACCUAUUUCAACAACAAAUCGAUUUCGGCACUCAAGCUAAAUAAUACAAUGUUCUUUUAAUUAGAUAUUAGUGAUGUUGACCGUUUCCAACAAAUAUUAUGUAAAUUCCAAUGUAAAAACCUUACUAUGUAUUUCUUAUAGAUCAUCAUAUAUUUACAUGUUUUGAAAUUCACUCGUCCUUUAACACGAAUCCUUUAGUCACUAUCAGCAAGAUGAAAAACAAAUUAGAGUAUUUUUAGAAGAUCUUUCUUUGUUAAAAUAUUUACCUUAUAAAAAUGAAACAACAUGAAAUGCUAUUUGCUAUACAUAUUAUAGAUACCUAAGGCUUAUCGAAAAUAUACCAUAUCUUGUAAUUUUAAAUUGUGUUCACAAUAAGAUGGGUCUAACGAAAAUGACUUUAUUUCAAAUAUUUUUUUUAAAUUUGGACCAAGUUUCUGAAGUUGACUUAUUAGUGACCGCAUUUAUUUUUAUACAUCAUAUAUUUCUUAUUCUGUCGUCUGUUUAGGGAAAACUGUAUCCGUCACACCGUAAAACCUACUUUUUUUUUCUUAACUGGAAUUUGCUAAAAUAUUUAAUAAACGGUGUGACAUCCCCUGUGCAACGUCAGCUUUAUAGUUGAUCUUUGAUAACUAUUUAUAGAAAUUUGUUUAACUCUUGCUUAUAAUAUUUUAUAACACUUUUUAGAUGUUGAAUAGGUACAUAGGUUGUUUGUAACAAGAGCUGGUCCAUUUCCUACGUAACCAUUUUAUUUAUGUAUAAACGAAUUGAUCCAAAUAUUACUUAUGAUAAUUUUCUUAAUUCAAAAUCUUAUAUUAUGAAUAGUUUAUAUUAAUUUCUUGUAGUUUAAUUGAUCUGCUAUCUAGUUGUCAUUUAAAUUAUUUAACUAACCUUAAAUGUCUAUGCUAUUCCUACUAUUACGAAAUUUGUAUUCGUUGUUAUUAUCUAGUAAUAUGCUAUUAAACAUGCUAUAUAAUGGUAACUGAAAUGUAGUACGUUGUAUCUUUUUCUGUGUGUAAAAUAUUAUGUAUAGCUUAAUUGACACUUAAUGUAAAAUAUUGCACUUUUUGAUGCUAAACUGUAGUUAAUAUCCUGCUAUAUUAUAUUCGAAAGACCUAGUCAACAUAAUAUUUACAUAAAAUUGGUCUGCAUUCUCCAAUAUUAAAAUAUUUGUUUUUUUUUUUUUUUAAUGCAAAUAUUAUUUACGAAAGCAUUUAAUUACAUUACUAGGCUUAAACUUGUGUCUAUUAUAAUUAUUUAAACAUUUUUUUUUACUUUUGAGAAUGCAGUCUAUAAUCAACAUGUUAUUAUUAAUAAAUACUUUUUUAGUACCAUUUAUUAUAAUAUAAUUUAAAAAUGAAUUGAGUCAAAGGUACCAAAUGUAGGUGAUGACGUCACUUAAUUCCAAAUGGAAUUUAUCUUAAGAUUUAUCUAGACUACGGUCUUAAGUUGUAUGAUAAACUUAACUUUAAAAGUUAAAAGUUUUCAUGCGAACUUAAGCAUAAUAAAAUGUAAUCUGUGUCAGUUGACAGUCACGUUAGUAUUUUGUGUUUAUGUCAUCAUAAUUGCACGAUAUUGUUGUUAAUUCUAUUUAUAGGAGUGUUUAUCAAAUUUUAGUUGUGUAUGGUAUAGAUAUAGUAUAACAAUUAACACUUGCCUCUUUUUUUGAAACGAGGUCCGAUUUACAUCUUAAAUUUGCAAAUUUAUUUCGUUAUGGUAACCCUUAGAAAACCCUUUAUAAAUUUAAUUUUCAUUUCAUUUUAAAAUAUUCAUAUUAUAAGUACUUGUAUUAAAUAUUGUGAACGUAUUUUUUUAUUUUUAUAAAUAUUUAAAUUGGUUUUUUAAUAACUUGUAUUUUUUAUUUACCUCAGGUUUCGAAAAAUGAGGCCAAAAAUUCACUGUAAGGUAAAACUUAACACACCAGUCUUAAAGAAAGACGUAUAGAAUAGAAAAAUAAGGUAAAGGUAAACAGUGUUGGCUUUAUCUGUAUAAACUCAAAAGUUGGCAAAUACGAUAUUUUAAUAAAACUGUUAAGUACAAAACAUUAUUUGAACAAAAACAUACAUCAAUUUAAUAUUUUUAUGUAAAGAAAUUAAUUAUAGGUACAUAUUUUAAAGAACGAUAUUCCAAAUAUCACACAAGUUAUGAAGAGUUACAUAUUACUUUUUAUUUAAAAUAAAUGAAAUAUUUGUAGACAGAUAGUUAAACUUUUUACCUUUAUUCUUAUUGAAUACUAAUAUUAUAAUUAUAAUAUCCCUAUCGUUAAGAAAACAUUACGUAGU